UCUUGUUCUUUUUUGUUUUGAAUGCCCUAGCCCCAGCCUAGAGCCAGGUGCAUAGAACAUUCUCGACAAUGUCAGUUGAACAAAAUUAGGGAUCUUCAUGAAACAUCAUGAUCUUUUCAAAACUCACAUUCUUGAGUGUCACCAUUAUCCUCAGCCCUAGUCAAAUGCCAUCUUGGACCCAAAUAGUGUUUCUCUUUAGGGAAACAUUGACAACAAAGGUCAAAGUUGAUCACAAUUCAGUCAGAAGCAUCAUGGAGUGGACAUGAAACCAGCCCUGGUUGUGUUGUCUGGAUGCAUCCUGACCUCCUUCUUCCUCCUACCCAGGAUGCUGACAUUUAAAGCCACAGCUCAGCUGCUCAUCUUGGGCUGCACGUGGUGUCUGGGCAUCCUUCAGGUGGGUCCAGCUGCCCAUGUCAUGGCUUACCUCUUCACUAUCAUCAACAGCCUGCAGGGCGUCUUCAUCUUCCUGGUGUACUGCAUCCUGAGCCAGCAGGUCCGGGAACAAUACAAGAACUGGUUCAAAGGGGUCGGAAAAACCAAAGCUGAGUCUGAGAAGUACACUCUCUCAAGUGGGACCAUGUCUGAUGACUCUAAACACAGUGUGGUAAGAUUAUCCAGUGUUCCCAGAGCACUUCACUAACCAGUCCUCUUGAGAAGCUCAUGCCUACUUCACUGACAACCUGGGUAUACAGCAGGAGAUGCUCUAUGAUGACUUACACUUGGUUUUCACCUGAACUCACUUGAAGACACUUCCCUAUCUUGAAAGGAGGUCUUCCUAUACUUUCACUCACUUUCUACGCUCAUGUUGACCCUUGCACAUGACUGUCCUCUUUCCCCACAAUGUAGAGCAUCACUUAGUGUGGCAUGGGUGCAUCCCCUUUUUAACUGUACUUAGGAGCAAGAUACAAAGUACCUAUAUGCAGAGAACAAUGUUGUGAUCGACCAAGUAAUCAGGAAUAAAGAUCUGUACCCCUGGUGCACACGCUGCACGUAGUCACUGCACAUCCUUUAUCCCUCAUCAUUCCACACCAGCCCUGUAUAUGACAAACAAUAAAUAUGUGUAAAUAUAGUCACAAAACUCAAGUGAA